ACAAAACAAUCUCUGACACACGAGUCUUCGAUUGUUUAAAGAACUUUCCGCUUGACAUUUGGCAAUUACUUUUAUAAUUUGUAAAAACUUAAAUACAGAUCAAUGGUGACGAAAAAUAUACAUUCAUAUAAAAUGGUCCCGUUCAGAAGCAAGUUCGUGUCGAGAGGGGUUCAAUUUGUUUGAAAUCAAACUUUAUUCAAUAAUUACUGAAACCCGAGUUUAGGAAGUAUUAUAAUCAGGUAAUCAAUACCAAUAAUGGAUCAAACUUAAAUGCACAAUUAAGAAUCCAUAUCUUAAAUGAUACCUAAACUUCCAUCCAGUUUAGAUUUUCAAAAUAUGUGACAGAAUCAAACCUAAAUGCGAAAGAAUCUGACGUGAUUAGAAUGCAUGAUCAGUUCUUUCGUAAUUCUGUGACGACUAUUUACCCUAAAUUCACAGUCGACUUGAAUAACAUAUUGUAUUGUAAUUAAAGUGUUCAAGCAAUAUAACUUGCCUCCUAGUAUUCAAGUACAAACCGUCAAAUAAUUUAUGACAUGAAUUGUUUUAACCAUGAUAUCAAAGUCUAAUCUAAGAAUCACAAUCAUUUGACGUUUAGUUGUUUGGGAUGGGUGAGUAUAAAGCAUUCUUAGUUGACUUCUUGGCUGGCGGUAUAUCAGCAGCUAUUUCCAAGACUGUUGUUGCACCUAUAGAACGGGUUAAAUUAUUACUUCAAGUGCAACACACUUCGACACAGAUUCCUGAAGACAAACGAUACAAAGGUAUGAUCGAUACCUUUGUACGAAUACCAAAGGAAACUGGAUUUCUCAGCUUUUGGAGGGGCAAUCUAGCUAAUGUUAUACGAUACUUUCCAACACAAGCCUUAAAUUUUGCUUUCAAGGAUAAAUACAAAGCACUGUUUCUUGAUGGCAUUCCAAAAGAUGCAUUUUGGCGACAGUUUGCCGGAAAUUUGGCAUGUGGCGGCGCUGCUGGGGCAACUUCUCUGCUGUUCGUCUAUCCUCUUGACUUUGCAAGGACAAGACUAGCAGCUGAUGUUGGCAAAGGAUCAGAAAGACAAUUCAAUGGAAUGAUGGAUUGCAUGAUAAAAAUUUUUAAAAGUGAUGGCCCAGUUGGUCUGUAUCGAGGGUUCAAUGUCAGUGUUCAAGGGAUUAUAAUGUAUCGCGCCUCCUAUUUUGGAUUUUACGAUAGUGCUCGGUCAAUGCUACCUGAUCCAAAGAACACCCCAAUUUAUAUCAACUUCUGCAUAGCGGAAACAGUGACAACAAUAGCCGGUCUCGUUUCGUAUCCUUUUGACACUGUGCGUAGAAGAAUGAUGAUGCAGUCGGGGCGAAGUAAAUCAGAUGUGAUGUAUAAAAACACGUUAGAUUGCUGGUCUAAGGUAUUUCAUAAGGAGGGAUCUGCAGCAUUUUUUAAAGGUGCAUUCUCCAACGUUCUCAGAGGAACUGGCGGCGCUCUGGUUUUGACUCUUUACGAUGUUGUGAAGGAGGGUAUCGAAAAUGCAAUAUCAUGAGUAGUCAUAAAGUAAGGAUUUUGUAACAUUUACAUGAUAAAAAAGGAAAAAUUCAACACA